ACAGUAUCCUAGGCUACUUAAGCUCAGUUACGUUGUUAUCUAGUCGACAUAUUACUUAGCAGGUGAAUAGUCGGAGAUCAAUGAACUAGAGAUCGAUAGGAGACACGAGGUACUUGAGGUGCCUCCCUCACCCUAACUGUUGGAGAUAACAUGCAAAGGACAGAAGGGUGAUUCAUGGUGAUCAGGGGCAUAAAUAAAAUAAAUAAUAAUUCAUAAUGGACAAAAUCUCAUUAUCUUACAUAGCAUGUCCUAAUGACUUUUUAUCGUUAAAAGUUUGUGAAAUACAUUUAUCAUUUAUCUUGCAACUUAAAUAUUUUUCAAUAUGUACAACAAAAUUAUUAUUGAUAAAUUGGUCACUAAUCCAAUUCUGAAAAUCUUUCUUGAUUCGUUUCAUAGUAAAAAUAGUCAUUUGACUAGUGCAAACCUAAGCAUGAGAAACAAAUUUUGAGCUUGGACAAGGUGAAGGAGAGGGUGAAAUCUAAUAUGGAAGUGAUGUGUGUUGCUUAGGAUGUGGGAAAGUUCUUGUGAAUGAGAUCUUGCUGCUCUGCUAAUUAUCAACUUGGUUUAGAGUUAGUAGAGUAGUGUUGGCAUUGUAGUAAAUGUCCUAGUGGCAAGGGCUGUUGCCAUAACAGUACUGAUUUUGAUGAAAUACAACUUACCAUUCGUAAAAAAAAGUCAUUUUCAACUUGCACUUACAACAGAUGUUUCAAUUAUAGUUUUUGAAGGUGUGUCGGGAAAAAUAAUUUCAAAUUUUAAUAAUGAUGAAACAUAAAUUUUUCACUGAAAUCUCGAACAGGCCUAGUGCCCAUGACUAUUAGUAUACUUCGAUUAACAUUUUAUAUUUUUUCUUUCAAAAUACAUCAAACUUGAUGUCAUUUUGUAUGUAUAAUUAAUAUGAUUUUUUUUGUAAAAAAUUAAAACUCAAACUAAAAAAAUGAUGAAAUAUAGUCCAUUAAAUUUUAGUAAGAGAAUAAUAAUGUAUGGUUGAGUAAUAUCAUAGAUAUAUUACGGAAAAAAAUGAAAACUAUGACAAAGUCAAAAGUCUCAAGACUGAAAUUUCUCAUAAUAAUUGCAAAUCGACAAAGUAUUUAAAGAUUAUAAUUCAAGAAAGAAUCAUGCAUAGAAUAUAAAUUUUUGAUUGGGAAACAAAAUCAAGGUUGCAAUUCCAAUUUAGCUAUAAUAAUAUUUCGUUUUGAAUUCUUCUCAGUUCUCACGAAAUCCUAAACUAGCAGAUUUUGUUGUCUUUCUUUCUCAAUAAAACAAACAGUAAAUGAUAAGGGAAACUCCAAUUUAUAUACGCUAAUCUAACACCUUAAAAAGGAAUUUUUAAAAGCUAUCAUACCAAUCAAUAAAAAUUGUAUAAAUCAACAUCUUAAGGAUCACCAAAGUAACACGAAAAUAAAAAUUAAAAAAGAUAGCCGGCAGCAGUUUGGAGGACGUCUAGAACCAAGAACUUCUUUUAUCCAUUAAAUUCAAUCAAAAUCCUCCAGUUAAAUAAAUUAAUUAGUAACUUAAAUAGUCAAAAAAGUAGUUGCUGUUGCAACGGAAAUUUUGGAAAACCCAAACUCUAGCAAACGGUGUAUGUAUACAGUUAUAUACACACGCAAGAUCAUAAUAAGUAAAAUAAAAAUUACAAAAUACAAAAAGAAAUACAAGAGAGAAAAUAAAUACAUUAAGUAUCAUGGGCUGCUAAGGAAGUCCUUAUUAAGUCUGUUGCUAAUGCUUUGCCUAUCUAUGUAAUGUCUUGCUUCCUUCUUCCUCUGGCACUGUGUCGUUUGCUGGAUAGGCAUUUGGCUCGAUUUUGGUGGGGAGUGAAUCAGGGUGAGCGGCGGAUUCAUUGGGUUUCUUGGAAAUCGUUGUGCUUAAGUAAACAUGAAGGAAGUUUGGGUUUUAGGCGUUUUGAGGAGUUUAAUCAAGCUUUGUUGGCAAAGGUGGCUUGGCGAAUUUGGAAAGAACCUAACUCUUUGUUAGCUCGGGUCUUUAAGGGUAAGUACUUUCCCAACUCUUCUAUUCUGGUGGCCAAGGCUGGAUCUUUACCUUCUUGGGGCUGGCGGGGGGUGUUGCAUGGACGUGAUUUGCUGGUGCAAGGUCUGCGAUGGCAAGUUGGUUCGGGUGAAUCGAUAGAUGUGCUAACGGACAAUUGGGUACCAACGCUGCAUCCAUCUCCCCCUACACCUCGUCCGGGGAUCGUUAGGGUCGAGGGUUCAGUUGCGUCUUUAAUUUGCCCGAAUCAAGGGGUUUGGAGGGUGGAUUGCCUACGUCAGAUCUUUGAGGAGGAUACUGUUCGAGCUAUUGUGGCUAUCCCGUUGCCUAUUUCUUCGGUGCCUGAUCGUAUGGUUUGGAAUGGGGAGCAAUCUGGUCGCUAUACGGUCAAGUCUGGCUAUCACUUAGCAGUGGAGUUACGGAGGUAUAAGGAGUUAAGGGUGAAGGCGAAAGUGCAGGUGUGGGAUCGUAGUCUAUGGAAAACGGUUUGGGGGGCUCCCGUACCUCCCAAGUUGCGGUAUUUCAUAUGGCAGAUGGUUCGCGUUGUCUUGCCAACUGGUGAGGCACUGAGUUCUCGGGGGGUAGGGGGGCUGGAGCCGUGUCCAGUCUGCGGGGAGGAGGGGGAAUCUCUGGAACAUCUCUUCUUCCGCUGCCGAGUAGCGGUGGAGUUGUGGGAAGGGGCAGAGCUUCUGGCCAUUCGCGAUCGCUUCCCCCUUUGCAAUGUUGGGAUCUUUUGGCGCAGGUUACUCGAGUGGCGGGAGCUUGAUCAGGGGGUCAUGAUGCAUAUUGUAGCCCUUUUCUGGCGCAUUUGGAAGGCCCGUAAUUGGGUGGUUUUUGAGUUGACUCAGUACAUUGUGCCGUUGUUGUUAUCUCAAUUCCGUUUGCAGGUUGCAGAGUGGGAUGGCAUACUUACCGGCAGAGGUGUUAGUCAUUACUCAGGGGUCUCAGGUGCCAGAGGCCGUCAGGAUGUUCCGAUGGGAGAGUUCGUCAUGUUCGUAGAUGGGGCCACGUCGCCUGGUUCCCAUGGAGCAGGAGGUUGGGCUCUUCAGGAUCCCACGGGCAUGGUGGUGGCAGCAUCGGCAGCUCUGUAUGUGGGGAUUUGGGAGCCGGCUCUUGUUGAACUACUGGCCUUCCCGGAUGCGCUUCGUUGGUGCUUGGCGUUUGGAUUCCAGUCGAUGGUUUUUGCAGGUGACGCCCAAGUGGUCGUGGGGAAGAUCCGGGAUGGUGAGGUAGAUGAUGUCCAUGGAGGGAUGCUGUUGGAGGAGAUUCGGAGUAUGCGUGACUUGUUCCAGGAGUUUCGGGUUAUUUUUGUGGGUCGGGAGUCUAAUAGGGUUGCCCAUUUGGUGGCAAGAAAAGCCCUUUCGUUGUCCCCUUCUUUGGUGGGGUUCAAUUUUGUUUCUUGGCUGUUUUCAGCUAUGUGACUUUUGUGUAUCUGGCUGUUUUCUCGGUAAUACGAGCGAUCUUUUGAGAAAAAAAAAAGUAAAAUAAUAAGUUCCCUAAUAAAUAAUAAUAAAUGAAAAGAUUUUCU